CCUAGGCACGGUCACCUAUAGGUUGCCUAGUGUAAGCUGGAAAUUGGAGUCGGAUACAUUAUAGUGCCUGGCCAGUCUGUACAGAAUCACAUCUAAGGUUAUUAGAGAGCGGGGAGAUUCUGUUUGGUCACAUACAUUUUCAAACACCCGGCAUGGAGUCAUCGUUGCCUCCGAAAUCUCCCCGUGUGCAGGCUAGACACAGAAUCUCCAGCGGGGCGAAUGGAAACUCUGCAGCACAACAUGGCCCGUCUAACACAGAGUCACCCAUGCCCACUGAGGUGGAUGAACAGCAGAAGCUUCUGAUCUCCGGAGCGAACGCAUUGAAGCUAAUGCUGGACAACACGAGGAAUGACUAUGAUCAGUUGAAAGAGGGUCAAAACAAUGAGAGCGAGAUGAAUGCGUGCUUAAGCAGAAUCGUAUCACUCGAGGCGCAACACGCCAGCCUCAUAGAAGCCAUUAACACAAAUGCCAGCUCGGAAUGGAAAAAAGAAAGAAAUCAGACGCAAGAAAACGACCCAGAGAAGCUUCACGAAGAGGUGCAGCAUCGGGAUCCCCCGCAAUCCCCAGCACGGCCCCGACCACAUUCAAUGCUAGAGUCUUCUGCUCGCGUGGAUGAUAUGAACUGGGGUCACAGUAGAAAGUUGUCCAGCCCCGAUUCCUUGUGCUCUGACCGCAACGAGACUUCUAGGCCUCUGGAUGUUAAGCUGCAUAUUGAGGAGGAGCCGGCAGAUGCCUCUGCUGACAUGGCUGAAACACAGACGCCAACUCUUGUGCUGCCCGAUGAGGAACAUGUGAGCCAAUCACUCCAGACGCAGGUAAUAUCAAUGGAAGAUGAUGACUUUCCACAGGAGGGGGAAAAUAUUGGCGAUCAUGGUCCGUUUACGCGGUUACUCAUCCUGAAGAACAGACCUGCUCACAUUGCCGUUUUUCUGAACUACUUAAUCACAAACAGUGAUCCAAGUUUCUUGUUGUUCUACAUGGUGACGGAAGCAUACAUGCAAGGGUCAUUGAAAGACAUGAAGAGAUGGGCCUAUGAGAUACACUCCGCUUUUCUUCUUCCAUCAUCUCCGCUGAAUCUGGGCAUGGACGACAGUAUAUGGCAAGACAUCGACGAAAAGCUACAGAAUCAGAACGACCGUGAGGAAGUAAUGCGCAUGGUGUUCCGGAGACCUCGUCACGUCGCCAAGGUCGAAGUUGACAACAUGCUGGACAACUUCCGACAGAAACGUGCGCUCGGUUUGGGUAAUCUGUAUGGCGACCACCAGCUGAGAGAGCAGAUGGAGAGGAGCACAGAACUGAAAGUGGCAGAAGAGAGAUUGAUGCCCCACCUAGAGGCAUACACGGAAGACAUUGAGAACCAGAGCGACAAAAGUGUGGCUCUGGCUAACGCGUUGGCGGCAGUCAUUCGUUGCUUAGGAUUACGCAGUCAACCAGUGGAAAAAAUAUUGGACAAAGUUCCCCAGUUCUGUGGUAAAGAUAAAGGUCGCUUCAAAUUUGCGAAAUCUAAGAAGCUAUCCGUCAGAGGUCAUCAGUUUCAACAAGGACAAUAUAUGUCCACGGUGCUCUGCCACGUUUGCUCUAAUGUAUUGUGGGGCAUAGGAGCUCAGGGGUGGAGGUGUGACUCUUGCGAUGUGUGUGCACACAAGCACUGUUUGGACAAUCCCAGUGUAGAGUGUACACGAAAAAAACUUGGGAAAGUAAAUCUAUUAGACAAAAUAAUCAUCAGAAAACCAAGUGCCAACAGCCCGGCAGCAACUUACCAACCCGGUGCGCAACAGACUCCGUCUGGUUAUCCACGUACACAACAUCCCCUGUCACCUACUGCAGUUUUAAAAGCGAAGCAGUGGUAUGAUGAGAAGGAGAGGGAGGGGCAGGAGCAGGCAUCUCCGUUACCCACCCCCAGCUCGAAUCAAGCUACGCCACAGUUGGAAGAUAGUGAGAGUAGUGAUAUUGUUAGAGAAAUCCCUGACCAUGACGGCUCGCUGACGCGUUCAAUGUCUGCUGGUCAUGGAGAUACACGCACAGGCGGUCUGCGAAUGACUCCUGGUGGUUACAACACCAGCGUAGGCAGAUCUGAGAGUCUACGAACAAAUCGUUCAGAGGGUGUAAGGAUCCCACGGCGAAAGAAGAGUGAUCCCAACUUGCAUAUGCCGCUAGAGGGCGACAUUUCCCGGCUUUCAGGCAGUUCAUCUAAUUCGAGUUUGUCUGCGAGAAGUCUGGAGAGUCCCAGUGCUGUAGCAGACACGCUACACAGAAACUUCCCGGUCACCGACAGUGCUGCGACGACGGUGACACUGGCGCACAACAUCGUCUAUGAGAACAUUGACCAGGACUCGGACAUCGACGCCGAGAACGACGCACCCGACUGGAAGAAGCUGGUGCCGAAGGACGAGUAUAAGAAGAUGAAGCCGAAACAAGUGAAGCGUCAAGACGUCAUCAAUGAGUUGUUUCACACGGAGAGGACACACGUGAGAAAUCUAAAGGUACUGCUGCAUGUCUUCUACAGACCGAUGAUGCGGGAGCAGAUUGUCACACCAGACCUGCUAAAGCUUCUCUUCUCUAACCUUGAGGAGAUGCUAGAGCUUCACGGUACCUUAAAUACAGCAUUGAAAAAUAAGAAGAAGGAUCGUUCGAUUGUAAAGGACAUUGGGGAUAUGAUGCUAUUAUUCGUAGUGUCAAAGGAUGUAAAAAUAUGA